ACUAGAGAGAGAGAGAGAUUGGGCGGAGGCCUUGGGUACCUACCUGCAGUGCCGUUGCUCCAGCUUCGUCUUCGAGGUACCUGCAGCACAGCGCCAACUUCACAGUUCUAGGAUUCUGUCAGUCAGUUCUAUAAAUCAUUUGCAGUCUGAAGUUGAAUUUUUUUUCUCUCAUUGAUCAUUUCGCACUUCAAGGGAGGUUGGGAGACCUACUGAACUUGCAAAACUCGGGAUUUUAUUAUUUCGAUUUUUUUUUUUUUGCAAAGUUCAAACUUUUCUUGUUUGAUUAGUGGCUCUUUAUCUGGGCUAUUCUCCGCACCCACCCUCCCCACCUAUGUUGUUGCACCCUCUGGCCUUACCUUCUCUAUCCAUCUCCGGGUACCCCCUGUGACGGCAUUGGUGAGUUGCCACGUCAGCAGGCCUACACGCCAGCAGACCACGUCAGCAGGCCACGUCAGCAGGACACGUCAGCAGGCCACGUCAGCAGGCCCCCGGCCCGGUCUAUGCUGUUGCGGUCACAUACAACCGUCAUGGACCAGAGGUCCGGAGAAGCAGACGAGGCCUAUCAGGCCCGGAUGCUGGCUUGGAGUACCGAAACAAAGAAAUGGGCAGAUGACGCAGCAGCAGCAGCGAAGAAGAAGGCAGAGGACGCCGAGCAGGCACGUCUGCUGGCAAUUGAACAACAGCGCCAGCAUGACGAGGCAGCAGCAAGGGCUGCCGAUGAAGAAAGAAACCAACGUCGUGAGAAGAUAUUUAGCGGAGAUCAGACCUUGCUCACAAUGGCAGUGGAAUGGCGGACCGAGGCCGAGAAUGGCAAGUUGGAGGAUUGCGAAAACAAGAUCGCUCUCCUCCUCUCGCAUCUCACAGACCUCCUGGCAACCUGCAUUACACAGCAGGAGGAUAUCCACAGCCUCGACGACUCGCUAGCUCAAGUACAAGGCCGCCUCCAACAGCUGGAGCAGCGACCCGUCGCCGCCCCCGAUGCAAGUUUUUCCAAUACCUCCGAUCGCCUCGAAGCAUUGGAGAUGGACGUCGGCUCCCUCAAGGACGGCGUGCAAUUACAGCAGACCGCAUCGCAACAAUUGCAACAGCGGAUCUGUACUACCGCCAACACCUCAAGUUCGGAACCGCGCGAGACAGCUCCAAAGUUUGACCGGCAGAAGAUCUUCUGCAACUCGACAAAGACAGAUCCGAUUCCAUGGUUCCGCAAGUUCGAGCUCACGCUGCAGCUACACAACGUUAAAGAACACAAGCACCACGCAUACUUGUACUCUCGCUCAAGGGGCGUGUGCCAGGCUUGGUUGGACAAUCUCUUGUCCAAGUACGGAGUGGUAGCUAACGACUUGCAUACCAAGAUCAACUGGGAUGAUCUGAAGGCGGCGUGGCACAAGCGGUUUCAAGUCGAGCUGCCGGAGAUCAAGGCUAUGAACAAGCUCAUGGUCUUCGAACAAGGCACACUGCCGAGUAUCGACUGGAUCGCCGAGUACCAACGCUUGACGUCAGUCCUAGACAUCCAGAUGGACUUCAAAGCCAUCCGACACUAUUUCAUCUCAAGGUCCUGUCCGACAUUAAGUAAUGCCCUGACUCACGUCGAGGACACCUUGACGACGACGGCGGAACUUUUUGACAAGGCCGCACAGAUCAUCAUUAUGAACAAGGAGGCUAAGAACCUGCGUUCGUCUGCGGCAGGCCCGAGCAGAGACCAGCAUCGACCAAGAGUGGUUGUGGUCGCGGCGGCAAUGCCGUUUGACCAAACUAGCGAGGUUGGGCAAGCGUCUUGCAGCGCUUUGCUGGAUAGCGGCGCGUCUCGCAAUUUCAUGAGCCAAUCCUUUAUGCAAAGGGCUGGCCUUGGCGCACAAGUUCGGAGGAAGGCAAACUCGAUGGCGAUCAAGUUGGCGGACGAGAAAACGCAGCAACUUCUCGACCGAUACAUCAAGGCCGUACCGGUUUAUUUCGCACCUCAUGGAUGCGAACCGGUGACGUUCAACAUUCUCGACGCGGGCUUCAACAUCAUUCUAGGAAUGUCGUGGCUUGCAAGUGCGGAUCACACAGUCAACUUCCACCGGCGGACUCUUAGCGUUCGCGACGCCUUCGGCGCCGAAGUGGCGUGUACUAUUCCUUUACCGCACCCUUUGAUUCGGUGCCAAGUGGUGACAGCCAAAUCAUUCCGGGCGACUUGCGCUUACGAGCAGCCCGAGGAGAUCGGCCUAUGUUUCCUACGGACCGUCGCGGUGGCCGACGCUUCACCCACGAACUUGUCCUCGGACCCCCGGGUGGUGCGGUUGCUGGACGAGUUCGCCGACAUCUUCGAGUCACCUACCGGUGUGGUGCCGGACCGGCCGAUCUCUCACGAGAUCAUUCUUGAGGCCGGUGCCGUGCCGCCGAAAGGUUGCAUCUAUCGGAUGAGCGAGGAGGAGCUUGAGGUCCUCCGCGCAGAACUCGACGAUUUGUUGGCCAAGGGCUGGAUCCGCCCUAGUAGCUCCCCAUAUGGAGCACCGGUUCUCUUCGUCCGGAAGAAGAAUCAGGAUCUACGAUUGUGUAUCGACUGCCGCAAGCUCAACGUGCAAACCGUCAAGAAUGUGGGGCCUCUUCCUCGCAUCGACGAUCUUCUUGAGCGAUUGGGCGGUGCAAGGUAUUUUUCUAAGCUGGCUUUGAAAUCGGGAUAUCAUCAAAUCUCGAUCCGUCCGAAUGAUCGCUACAAAUCCGCGUUCAAGACACGGUAUGGGCAUUUUGAGUGGGUGGUCAUGCCUUUUGGCCUCACCAACGCCCCGACGACCUUUCAAGCGGCAAUGACCAACGAGUUCCGUGCAAUGUUGGACCGGUUCGUGCUGGUCUACUUAGACGAUAUUCUCGUCUAUAGCCGGACUUUGGAGGAUCAUCUUGGGCAUUUUCGACGAGUGUUGGAGACGCUCCGCCGCGCCAAGUACAAGGCUAACCGCGACAAGUGCGAAUUUGUCCGGCAAGAGCUGGAAUACUUGGGCCAUUUUGUCACACCGGAGGGCAUCAGUCCGCUAUCGGACAAGAUUCAAGCCAUCCAAGAGUGGCCGGAGCCUCGCAACGUCACGGAUGUCCUUUCGUUCCUUGGCCUUGCCGGCUAUUACCAACGUUUUAUCAAAGGUUACUCGAAGAUCGCGGCCCACUUGACCAAGCUUCAAUGCGAGGAUCGGCCGUUUGACUUCGGAGAGGAGGCGCGAGAACCAUUUUUGGCUCUCAAAGCCGCGUUAUUAUCUGCGGAGGUCUUGCACAUAUACGACCCGCUUUUGCCUAUGCACGUCACUACUGAUGCGUCCGGCUAUGGCAUUGGUGCCGUCCUCGAGCAACAUGAUGGUGUGGACUGGCACCCGGUCGAGUAUUUCAGCAAGAAAGUGCCUGUCGUGCAUUCCAUUGACGAUGCACGCAAAAAAGAGUUCCUCGCCUUCGUUCACGCGCUCAAGCGGUGGUGGCACUUCCUCCUUGGUCGAAGCCAAUUUCGAUGGGUAACGGACAACAAUCCGUUGGUCUUCUAUAAGACCCAAGACACCGUCAACAGCACCAUCGCUCGAUGGAUGACUUUCAUCGACCAGUUCGACUUCUUUCCCGAUCACAUUCCCGGGAAGUCGAACCGUUUUGAGGAUGCUCUUUUACGGCGUCCGGAUCAUUGUACCGCGGUCUACUCAACCUUCGAGAUUGACGAUGACCUGCGGAACAGCUUCAUCCGCGGCUACCAAGCCGACCCCGAGUUUCGCGACAAGUAUGCGAAUUGCUCCUCUCCUAAUCCCGCGCCUUCUCACUACCGGAUCCAAGAGGGGUACUUGCUUGUCCACACACGGGGGAAGGACCUUCUUUGCGUACCGAGUGAUCCUCACUUGCGUACACGGCUUCUUGGCGAGUUCCACGAUGCUCCCGCCAUUGGAUACUUUGGAGUCAAUCGCACGAUUGGCCGACUUCGCGAGCGAUUUUGGUGGCCCGGCCUUCUCGGCGAUGUCACGCGCUAUUGCGAGUCAUGUGAGGUUUGUCGACGCUGCAAAUCCCGCAACCAUCGUCCGUACGGCGAGUUACGACCAUUACCGGUCCCGUUGAGGCGAAGGGAAGCGAUUGCCAUAGGCAUUACCGGCCCAUUCCCCAAGCACAAGACCGAAGUGGAUGGGAUUCUCACGGUGGUCGACCGACUCACCAAGUUCGCCAUGUUUUUGCCUUGUCGCUAUCAUGCGAAGGCACUAGAGUUGGCCGAGGUUCUUUACGCCGGUUGGAUUCGAACCAAGGGUUGCCCCAAGGAGAUCGUCUGCGACCGCGACACUCGGUUCAUGUCCGAUUUUUGGUUGGCGCUCAUCAAGCGAUGGGGCUCAUCUCUCAAGCCCAGUUCAGCUCGCCACCCUCAGACCGAUGGCCAAACGGGAAGGGCGCACCAGACCGCACAGGUUCUCCUUCGCACUCUCAUCCGUCCUGACGAGCAGGACUGGGUUGAGCGGCUGCCGGAUGUCGAGUUGGCCUACAACUCUUCCAUCCACCCGACUAUUGGGAUAUCACCUUUCAAGUUCGAGCACGGCUUGCCGGUCACUUCACCGUUGGACAUUAUCACUCCAGGAACGGCCGAGAGCGACGACCAUCUUCUUUUCUUCUGUCGGAUGCAAGAGCUUCUUGUCAAGGCAUGCGGCCAGAUGGCUAAGACGCAGCAGCGCAUGAGCCAGCAGGCCAAUCGCCAGUGUCUUCCUUGCCCAUUCCGCGCUGGCGACCUCGUUUGGGUUUCCGCAACAGAAUUCAGCCUUGAACAAGACAUCUCUCGCAAGCUCCUCCCGAAAUGGAUGGGGACUUGGUCGAUCGUAGCACCCUCUAGAGACGCACCCGAGGGACCUUCCUUCACGAUUCAGGUGCCCGCCCACUUGCCCGUCUACCCAGUCUUUCAUUGCUCCAAGUUGGCUCUUUACACGCCAGCGGAACAUGACGAUUUUCCCGGGAGACGUUCGCAAGACCCACCCUCCAUGGAUGGUUUUCAGGAGGUCGGCGACAUCAUCUCCCAGCGACGCUACGGAAACAGGCCAACCGAGUAUUUAGUGAAUUUUGCAUACUGCACACACCGAGAUGACCGUUGGUUGACCCGUGCGGAACUUCAAGCAACAGCUCUAGACGUUCUCGCACGCUACGAACGCAAGAUGCAAGGCAAGCCGGUUUCUUUGGCUCCACGCCGCGCCCGCGUUCAGGUUCCACCUUCAGAUCGUCGGCUUCGCCCUCGCCCCGGCUUGACUUCAUAAGGAGGGGGGGGUGUUACAUGCUGCGCCUGCACACGAGGGCCAUUUUCCAGGCCCUGUGUCCCUCAGGCUGAAAGCCUGAAAUU